AUGGUCAUAAGGCAAAAUUACGCACCUCAGACAGUAGCUUAUAAGAAGUUAAUACUGAUUCAUUUCCCCGACCACCUCAAUAACAAUUGCCUUGUGGAGGGCAUUUAUUAUAAUUGGUCUUUUAUUGGAUCAAGUAUUACUGGAAUACGUGUAGUAAUAAGUGAGAUAUUUCCUUUUAGAUCAGCAUAUGCAACGUUGGAAUGCAUAUGUCCUUCCCGAUUUGCAAAGAGAAACCUAUUGCUUAAUCUCAGGGUCAUGUGUGAAGUGAAAAUUCCUUUUAAUGACACCAGAAAUGAGCAGAAAUAUACCUUCACACCAAAUGUUGCCCCACCACCUCUGGACAAGUUCUGUUACUCUAUUCAAGUUAUUACUUUUUCUCCAAGAAGGAGCAACACGCACUCAUUUUGGCACUUCUCAUUCAGUCAAUCUGUCUACGACGCAAGACGUAGUGAAACCAUGUCACCAUAUGAAAGAGAACUGAGUGGUGCAUUGCAACCAUUUCUAAGCCGGUGCACAUAUGGACAGCAAGCUUCAACCCAAGACGCAGCUCCAGGGCAAGCAAAAGCACUGAAUUUGAUUCGUGGUAAAUCUGUCCCUCUUUACGUAACUUAUUUCGUACUCUGGGAGGCAAGUACUAAAGUAGAACAAAUCUUUGACGUUUACUACGCGGCAACUCCAGACACAUCUGAGCUACAUGAAGAAUCGCCGAAUCUGGCUUUCGGUGAAGAAGGCACUCCCAAUUUGAAUCCACUUUUGCCAGAGCUGGAAGAAUCGGCACCAAUGAUUGGUAAUAUGGACUCGUCAAAUUCUCGCCCUCAAUACCUUGCAAUAUCAUCAGCUAUCUUUUCGCUUGUACAUCAAAAUAAUCCCGUAUUCAAUCAUAGAUUUACUUUAUCAGUGUCCAUAAUUUUUUAUGGGGUUCUUUUGGACCAUCACCCUUAG